CUAACAACCCUCUACUAGGAACAACCGCGUUUACUCUUUCAAAACUUGACGCGCUCCCGGGCUGACAACCUUCCCCGACACCUUCCCCGACACCUUCCCCGACACCUCCCGCUACCACCGCCAACCAUCACCCUCGCUACCGACCAUCAUUUGCCUGCCACCUUUACCUAAAAAGGCCGGAACGAAGAAAGUUGCCAUCAUGGCGUCCGGCAAUCCCUACGGAGUACUAGCCAACUCCCAGCCGGUCGGGGAUAUACAGAUUCAACUCGAAGAUCUAGAUCUCACGACUAAUGGCGGUGAGAUCGAGAACUUCGGGUUCAAGGGUCUCACGAAGGAGCCGAGACUCAAGCUCCUUCCUGAGGGUUUCUCUCCAGACUCGCUGCCACGCUCGUGCUCGUCGCUUUUCACCAUCGCAAACCGACGCGGUCUCUUUGCGGCGGCGGGCCCAAAGAGUUUCGUCAUAGGAUCGACGGCAUCUCUGCGGGAAGCGCUCGCACAAGAUGGAGGAGACUACACACCACAGCUCACCAUGCCCUCGCCCAUCAGCAUAUCGCACAUCGCGUUUAAUGCUGAUGAAUCGCAUCUCAUCCUCGGAGCUUCUCAGGGAGGACUGGCCGUAUACUCGAUAGAUGCGCUCGCGGGCGGCGGUGAUGCGAAGGCUACAUUCGAAGUGGGGACCGAUGGGUUGGAGCUGCGAGAAGUCAAGCCGAACCCCACAGUGCCGGAGAUGGUGGCUAUUGUCACGAUGAAAGGAGACGUCCGGAUCCUGGAUCUAAACACUAGGAGUUUCAAGACAACGCGAGAUGGAAACAUCAUCCUCAAGGAGGGAGUCGGAACGAUUGCGUGGAGCAAGCAGGGAAAACAGCUUAUCUGCGGAAUGGGCAACGGAACCGGAUAUCAGAUGACCCCCGACGGCGAAGGCAAGGCGGAGCUUCCGGCACCACCUGGCGUGGAGAACUGUUUCGUGUCAUCCAUCCUUUGGAUUGAGAACAACGUAUUCAUAAUCACACACACGCCUUUACCGACGGAUGGAGUACCGGGCGAUGACGAAUCCGUCUUUCACCUCCUUACGCGUUCUUCAGGCUUAUUUCAUUUUAAGAAGCUUGCUGCUCCGGCACCCCCGUUCGGAAUGAGGGAGCGAUCCCCGCCAUAUUUCUUCACAGCACAACUGCAGCAAUACGAACCAGCACUCAAGAAUGCCAUCAUUUAUUCUGGAACAUGCUCCGGCGACGUUGGUGUUAUCAUGAGAUUCAAAGAGGAUACUAAGGAUAUCAAGGCAGAUACCUUUGUGACGGUUGCGAUCCUGGAUGAGACACGGCAGGCGCAGUUGCCGUUGUCAAAACCGACUUUCAUGGAUACAUCCCCAAUCGGGAUGGCCCUCGACCUCAGCAGCAAGGACAAUGUAACCCGCCCCACGGAAGGCGGCGAAACCGAGUCACCAGGGCCACUCCCAAUCCUAAUGGUGUUGAACCAUGAGGGUACUCUGUGUGCAUGGCACGUGGUCUACAACGAUGCCAUCAAAAAAGGAGAGAAGUACACCGGGAUGAUGAUUUACGAUACCGAGCAGACUCCAGCACAACAGCCACCACAAGCAGCUAUCCCGGCACCACAGACUGCAAGCGCAUUUUCAACAGUUCCUAAGCCUGCUUUCGGGCAGAGCUCGUUCGGAGCGAAACCUACACCAAGCCCGUUUGCUGCGGCGACAUCAGCGUUUGGACCCUCAGCGCCGGCAGCCUCACCAUUCUCACAGUCGAUACCCUCAACGACCUCCGGAACUGCUUUUGGUCAAGCCUCCCCAUUCGCACAAGCCUCCCCAUGGGGUAGCGCGCAACAACCCCCAAGUGCUCCGAAAUCAAUAGCCACUACUACUGCCCCGGCUUUCGGCCAACCAUCAGCGUUGGGUGCCACUACUACCGGCCCGGCGUUCGGUCAACCAUCAGCGUUGGGUGCUAAUAGUUCCGCUCCAGCAUUUGGCAGUCCUGCUCCAGCAUUUGGAGCAAAGCCUUCCCCAUGGGGAACUACACCACAGCCUCCCAGUACCCCAAAAUCCACUGCUUCCGCUGCUCCGGCGUUUGGGCAACCAUCUGCGUUGGGUGUCAAUAGCCCUGCACCCGCAUUUGGCAGACCGGCAUUCGGACAAGCUUCGGCAUUUGGCUCACCCAGUCCUGCGUCACCCUUUGGAAAGGCACCGGUAAUGGGAUCUGCGUCACCGGCAACAUUCGGCAGUGGCAGCGCAUUUGCAUCUUUUGCGAAUAAGGGCGGCUUUGCCGCUGCUGCGCAGGCAUCCAACGUCCCGCAAGGCGGAAGCCCCUUUGGCAGCGGUAAACCUAUUGUAACCAGCGGCAAUACCGACUCAGCUUUUGGAGCAGCCAAGACCACCCAACCCGCGACGCCCACGGCAAGCGGAUUCAAAUUGGGGAGUGUAUUCAAAGACCAAGCAACUCCAUCUGCCGAUGAUGGCAAGUCUGGCAAUCCAGACAACGGUGGCUCUUUGGGAAGCUUUGGCUCUGCCCUUGGAGGUGCACUUGGAGGCGGUAGCGGUUCUAACGUAUCCGCAUCCGGUAAUGCUUUCGAUACGUCAGCCUUUAGAGGUACAGGUUCGCCAUUUACUACACCAAGCAAGCCAUCGGCCUUUGGCAACGCAUCAAUUUCUUCGGCAUUUGCUAAUGCUGGGCAAUCCUCGCCCUCCCCCUUCGCUGGGAUGGGAGCGUCAAAGCCCGCUGCUGGAAAUCCAUUCGGCUCUGCUGCUCCCGCCUCGCCUUCACCCUUCGCUUCUUUCGGCAGCAGUUCCACCGCAUCACCUUUCGCUAGCUUGAAGCCUGCCAGUACGGGUAAUACCAGUACGAAUCCAUUUGGAGGCAAGCCUGCUGGUGCAAGUUCAUCCGGAGCCAAUCCGUUUGCGCAGAAGUCGAUUACUGUUCCCGACUCCGAUGAUGAUUCGGACGACAGCUCAGAACCGGGAUCUCUAGCUGCUGAGGAGGCACCGCUUCCGCCAGACUUCUCGGCACCAUCCCAGAUAACUCCGCCAGAGCUGCCACCCGCUCUGCCUGAAGACAAUGACUCAGAUGGUGCAGACGAUGAAGGACAGGAAGAGGAGGAAGGCGACGAGGAGGAAGAGGACGAAGAAGAAGAGGAGUACGAGGACGAAGGCGACGAAGAGGAGGGAGAAGGUGAAGAGGAAGAAGGAGAGUAUGAAGACGAGGAAAAUGAGGAGGAGGCAGGAAAAGAGAACGAGGCACCCAAAACUCCGAUCAAGGAAGAGUUCAAGAAAGAAGAGGAGAAGUCUUCUGCCGAGACCCCUAAGGCGGCCGUUCCUUCUGGGGCCGCCCCUAAAACGCCUGUUCCUUCUGAGGCCACCCCUAAGGCGACCGGUCUUUUUGGCACCGCCUCCAAAACGCCCGCUGCUUUUGGCGCCACCCCACCUGCUGCAAAAGCGACAACGCCUGGAUCUGGAUCUGGCUCGAUCUUUAGCAACUCUGGAAGCUUUAAGCCUUUCUCAUCCAGCAAUUUCUCAAAAGAUGCUCCUUUCAGCAGCUUGUUUAGCAAGAAGCAGGAAGACAUUCAGAGUGAGAAUGACGACGAUGAGGAAGACGAAGAUGAGGAGGACGAGGAAGAGGAGGCCCCUCUUCCGGCGAGGCAGUUACGCGGUAAAGUGCCGCUACAGUCCAAGGGCAUGGGCGGUAUGGGCGGUUUGGGAAGCCAUGGAAGCCUGGGAAGUCUGGGAAGUCUGGGAAGUCUGGGAAGUCUGGGAAGUCUGGGAAGUCUGGGAAGUCUGGGAAGUCUGGGAAGUUUGGCGCACAAGAAUGUCAAGUCAUCGAGACCUGUCAACCCAAAGCCUAUCAACUCGGCGGCGAUCGCCUCGCUAUUGAACGCAUCAAUAUCGAAGGAGGAAGAGCCAGAGCCAGAGGAGGAAGAGGACGACGCAGAGAGUGUCGUGGACUUCGAUGCGGAAUACAGCGACCAUGAGGACGAAAAGAUCCGUGAGCAGCUGUGCAAUGGUCCAGUCAAGCCGUCAGUCACAAUCCCGGAAAUAAAGAAGCUCACCAAGUUCAAUGAUGUCAACGUGAGUUUAUGUUCCUGUCGUUUUUUAAUUGGGCUCUAAUUACUGUCGUGAAGGAUUUCACUACUGCUUUUGACGCACUCUUGAUUUCUGGCAAUAUGAUGGUCAAUAAACUCGGUCAGAUGGCUCGUGGUCUUCAGUCUUACCACCUCGCACAGCAGACCCCGGCCGAGGGUGUCACACACGAGAAACCUGAGGACAUGAAGCCUACCGACAACUGGCGCUUGGGCGAGUUGGCGAUAGUGACCAAGACUAUUGCCGACUUGGAAUUGGAGGUGCAGAAGAUCGCUAGUACGACCCCCAAGCUGGAGGAGAGGCGACAGUGUGCUACCAGGGGAUUCAUCAAG